AUGAAGAUCGCCAUUCUCGGAGCCAACGGUAUUCUGGGUCCCCCCACCAUCAACUACCUGCUCAAGUACACGGAUGCCACUCUGCACGUCAUCACCGAGCAGCCCACCAAGGUGGAGAGCUCUGAGCGGAUCUCCACAUUCCCCCGUGCCCGGAUCUCCGAGGCCAUGGCUGGAACAGACGUGAUUUACAACUUUCUGGGUGUGCUGGCUAGCUGGAACGACUACUUGCCUGCCAUUGCCUCGUCGGGCGCAAAGCUCUACUUCCUGCCCGACUUUGGUAUUAAGCACGAACAGCGACCUGACUUUGCCGCCAUGGUGCGAAAGACGGACCACUACGAGCAGGCAGCCAAAAUCCCGGGACUCAAGUGCGUCCGACUGCUCACCGGAGCGUUCGCGGAUACUAUGGUGGAUAUGCCUCAGUUCUGGGGCAUUGACCUGGCCACGAAGACAGCCGCUUCAAUUGGUGACGGAAACACAAAGUUCUCAUACACGUUUGUGGACAAGAUUGCUGAGACGCUAGCUCUCGCGGUCACUACAGAUAUUUCCAAACUGGAUCAAAUUCUGGAGAUCAAGAACGGAGACAUCACCCUCAAGGAGUUCUACCAGCUGUAUAGCGAGGCCAGCGGGGUUGAGCUGAACAUUGUGCAGGCCAUGAGCAUUGAGCAGGCCGAACAGACAAUCUUCGCGGCCCAGAAAACUGAUCCUCAGGGGGGUGAUUAUGCUGCUUUGUACGGCCUUACUAUUGGUACGCUAUGCAACUCUGGAUACGCUGUUAUUACCAACAAGGACAACUGGAUUGCGGGCCAGAAGGACGACAAGUGGGAUCAACUGAGCGUUGAAUCUAUCAAGGCCGUACUUGCUAAGCAGAAGUAA